GGGUACUGAUAAAUGAGAAAAAAAUCAAAACCCAUUUUGUGUGUAGUGUUGUCUACAUUUUGUAUGCAGCUAUUUUGCUGUAGUCAAUUAACCAGUUAAAUAAUAAAAUAAUUAGAACCAACUAUUGGUAGGUAAGUGUUGAAAUAUUAUAUUUACUGAUAAGUUAUGCCAAAUCCGUAACGAUUAUAGAAAUUGAUGUAUGUUUAUGGUUUAUCAUACAAUUAAUAAUUAUUAUAAUUAUUGUAUUAGAAGUAAUUGUUUGCUAGUUUAAAUUAUGACUUAAAAAUAAAAACCAACUUGUUUAGACACCAUUCUGUUUUAUAUUACUUCAUGACAUAAAUAUUUGAUGCACACACAGGUAUUAUACAAAGCAUUUAUAACGGCAGAUAAUCAUGAUAACUGGCAAUCAUUUUCACCAUUUUAUCGAAAAUACACUAUUGGCUCGAUCUGAAGAGUAAGUAAACACAUUAAAAUAAUGCCAUUACAAAUAACUUAUUCUUCCUCAAUUCCUUUAUCCUGCACAUCUCAUCAUACAUCAUCAUUUUAUCGUUCAUUCUAUUGUUACUCAUGCUAUCUAAAGUUAGUCACUAAUAAAAUAAUCAAAUUGAUAUGGCAAUUAUAAUUUUUUGGAUUUUAAAAAUGAUUAAAGUAAGUACUUAAGGGUAACCUAUAACAUAUUCUAUACAUUUUAUUAUUUUAUGUUGCAGUAUUAUUAAGGAAAAAAAUUUUGGCGAGUAUAAAUAUGGACUCUAUGACAAUACAGUUAUUAAAAAUGAAAAUCAAUCAAGUAUGGAACAAGAUAUUAUAUUUUUGGAUCAAAAUGAUAAAUUUUCAUCUUCUGAGUAUGGUCUGCAAUUAGUAAAUGAUAAAAGUUAUUGUAAUCUAAUAUGUAAUGAACAAAAGAGAUCCACAUUCCAUAAAGAAUUACCGCUUGAUAUUGAUUUUCAAUCUCCAUAUGUACUAGGAACAACAACAUUUAAAAUUCCUAGUGUGAUCAAACAAACUAUUUUUAAUAGUAAAAUUAUUUUUAUUUAUUUAUUUAUUUAGAAAAACUCUACUAUUUCUAAAAUUAUUAACUAUUGUACAUUUUAGAUAAAAAUAGACAAAACUUAGAACAUAGUAGUGCUUUUAAACCAGUAUACCGCUGGCAUCAUGAUAUUUCUAAUGAGGAGACAAUAAGAAUUAGUAAGUCCAUAUGUAUUUUAAAAAUUUAAAAAUUAUCAUUGAAUUGUUUAAAUUAUAGGCAACAAUAAACAACAUAAUAAAGAGUAUCUUAGCGCUUUUAAACCAGUAAAUCAUUCAACACACAAUGAAAGAGAUGAAGUCAAAGAUAUUAGUAAAUCCAUUUUGUUUAAAAAAUUUCAGAAAUUAUAACCUUUUAAUAUACAUAUUUUUUUUUUAGACAACAUCAGGCAGAAAAUUAAACAUAAUAGUGCCUUUAAAGUAUUCAAUUGUAAUGCAUAUACAACUGAAAAAAUAAGAGGAAUAAGUAAAUUUUUUUUAUUUUUUUUUAAGAUUAAAAAUUAACACUAAUUAAUUUUAAUUUUAGGUUACAGUAGUCAGAACCAAGGUUAUAGUAGUGCUUUUAAACCAGUAUACCAAUCAACUCAAAAUACUUAUGAUAAGAUCACUGGAAUAGGUAAAUACAUUUUUAUUAAAAAAUUAUAAAUUAUUUUUAAUUAUUAUAAUUUUAUUUUAUUACAACAUAUAGUUAUAUAAAUAAUCAGUUGAAGUUUGUACAUUUUUAUUUUAUAAUUAUAAAUGUGUAAUGUUAAAUACAUUUUUAAAUUAUAGGUCUGACUGCUAUAAUGUAUAAUGCAUAUUGUGAUAGUUUAAGUUUACAAAGAUUAAAAACACAGUUAUGUGAUUAAUGAUAAUUUGUUGUACAAUAUUAAGUCUUUUUGACUUCAUAGAUGUUUUUAUCCUGUCUUUGGUAAUGGAGGUUUACUUAUAUAAAAUUUGAUUUUUUUUUUUUUUUUUAAUUUUGUUAAGUUUGUACGAAUUGUAUGAAUAUAUUUUAUUAAAUUAAAUUUGUAAAAGAUGUGUUAUAUCUGUUGAAUUUAGGUGGUAUAUUACAUUGUUUUAUACAUUCACUAUGAUUCAGUUAUUCAGUUUAAAACACAUUGACCUCUUUGACCUAUUGUAAAAAUCCAUAAAUACUCUAAUUGUCAGCUGUCUAGUUGUUUUUCAAUUUCUCACAUUAAUUUCAAUAGUUAGUGUAUAGUAUAUUUACAUGAAAAUAUAUUAAACUGUGAUCAUGUUCAUCUAAAGGCCAUAAUUUAAUUUGGUGUAAUGAAAAACUAAGCAUUAAUAAUAUAAAAAUUAAAUAUUUUCUGCUCUAGCUAUAGUUAAACACUUAAUACAGUUUAUUUCAAUUUUAGAUUACAAGAGAGAAAGAUUGAAUGAAAACAUAUCAAGUUAUCUAGGCGAAAAUGCUGAAAACUUCUUCAACUACACAACAGCUCAACAAAUCAACCAAAGUAAUCUGGGUAUGUAUUAAAUUUAUUGCUUAUAAAAAUAAUUAAUAUUUCUGCUUAUUAAUAAGUUUAUUUAAAUGUUUCAGGUACUUGGGUAGAUGUUAAUUAUAAUUUUAGUGGUCAACAAGUAGGUGAAGUCAAUUCUUCAAACAAAAUAUGUCAAAAACAAAAUUUUAUCAGUUAUACAGAAAAGCUAGGUAAAAUAAAUACACAUAAUUAGUG